AUGGAGACUUCAAAAGGAAGAGGUCCAGGACAAAAUAAAAUAUUUUGGAGCGAAGAUGAAGACAAACACUUGAUUGAAGCACUUAUGGAACUGAAUAAUGAAGGGAAGUUUAAAGCUGAAGGAAAUUUCAGGCCAGGUCAUCUUAGAGCUCUUGAGAUGAAAUUAAAGGAGCGAAUGCCUGCUUGUGAUAUACAAGCUAAGCCACACAUUGAGUCUAGAAUGAAGACUUUGAAGACUCAUUUUCAAGUGGUUCAUGAAAUGUUGACUGGACCAUUUUGUAGUGGAUUUGGGUGGGACAACGACAGAAAAACUGUUACUGCAGAAAAGUCAGUGUGGGAAGCAUAUUUGCAGAGUCACAAAGAAGCAGCCCCCUUCAAGAUCAAGUCAUUCCCUUGGUAUGAUGAUUUAUGUAUGGUUUUUGGCAAGAAUCGUGCAACUGGAAAAAAUGCGGAGACUGCAGCAGAUGUUGUUGAAGAACUUCAAACUGAAGAAGAAAACACUACUCUUGAAGAAGAUGAUUUCAACUAUGCUAACAAUGUCAAUGAAGUGCCAUCUAUGUCUAUUUCAGAUGCAACAAGAGGUGCUCAAUCUCACACUCAACCAGAUGGGUCUUCAAAGAAGAAAAGGAAAACUACAUGA